AUGGCGCUUUUAUUUGUGACGCGGAGAACCGCCGCCUCCGCUAGGCCAUCCGUCCUCUAUCAGCCUGCGGAUGGGAACCUGCUUGAGCUUGUGUUCUGCCGGCGUAUGAAAGGAUGUCCCCAUUUACGGCGCCAGUUCUCGUCAUCGAGAUACUGGCGAAAUCAGUCACGCAAGAACCAUGACGGCCCCACGGAGGACCAGCCGUUCUGGUCCAAACUGCGGCUAGCACUGAGCAAGACUAAGGUUGAGUGGUACUCCAUUCCCGUUGGGCUGGGAAUCGCCUACCUUGGCGUUAUGCAGUUCUAUAAGACUCAAAAAGCUGAGAGAGAGAGGCAGCUACGAGAAUCGGCGGAAGGAUAUGAAGAGAGUUCGCGAAGAAAAAGGGUACGCCUGUCCGGACCGUGGCAGGUUCAGAUCAUGUCGACUUUGCCCUUGAAAGCCAUGUCGCGUUUAUGGGGUCGAUUUAAUGAGCUUGAACUGCCUUACUGGUUCCGUGUUCCCGGCUUCAAGCUGUACUCUUGGAUUUUUGGAGUAAAUCUGAGCGAAAUGGCCGAACCAGAUCUUCAUACCUAUCCGAAUCUUGCGGCAUUUUUCUAUCGGGAGUUGAAACCUGGCGUCCGACCUCUGGAUCCUAACCCAAACGCGCUCCUUUCUCCCGCAGAUGGCCGCAUCCUACAAUUCGGUAGAAUAGAAAAGGGGGAGGUCGAACAGGUGAAAGGAAUGACUUAUAGUCUUGACGCGCUUUUAGGGCGUGACGCAGGGAGUCCAAGGUUGGAGGCCACGCAUCCAACCUUUGAGACCGCCGAGAUGACGCCAACAAACGCGGAUAGCGACAACAUGGCUGCAGAGGAGGAGUUCGCGAAGAUGAAUGGCAUCAGUUACACGCUACCCUCGCUUCUUUCUGGAGGUAAAGGCGGCAAGAAAGCCAGUUCGAUGGACGCGUCGGUUGAGUCAAGCUACAAAUCAGAGGCCAAAGUCCAAGCCGAUCUCGCCAAAAGCGAAACUCCAUGGUAUUUGCCCAAACCUACAUCGAACCGUGCUCUCUACUACGUCGUCAUCUAUCUCGCACCGGGAGAUUACCAUCGCUUCCAUUCUCCGGUGCCAUGGGUGGUUGAAAGUCGUCGUCAUUUCGCCGGGGAACUCGCACACUCCCGGGCCUCUUUCACUCUGAACGAACGCGUCGUCCUCCUCGGCCGGUGGAGAUGGGGUUUCUUCAGUUUUACGCCCGUCGGUGCAACUAACGUCGGGUCUAUUAAAAUUAACUUCGAUAGCGAAUUACGCACCAACAGUUUGACUACGGAUACUGAAGCAGACCGCCAGGCUGCUCUUGCUGUCAAGCGCGGAGAAAUCUAUCCAGGCUACGCUGAGGCGACAUAUCACUUUGCGAGCAAAACUUUGGGGGGCCAUGCAUUGAGGCGGGGAGAGGAAAUGGGUGGGUUCCAGCUAGGAAGUUCGAUUGUCCUGGUUUUUGAGGCGCCCAUGGGAAACUCUGAUGUCGGCGGGAGCGGUGAGACAGAUGAUGGCUGGGGGUGGAAGAUCGAGAAGGGACAAAAGGUGAAGUACGGCGAGGCCCUUGGAGAAGUGAAAGGAGUCUGA